UCUCGAUUCAUUUGUCCAAGAACUAUGGCGCACCUCCAAUAUUUUUCCUAUCCGGGCUUCGGUGAAUCUGCCCGCGAACGCACGUGGUAUAGCCAGGCUGUGCGCGUCGGCGACCAGAUCAUCAUAUCCGGUCAAGGUGGCUGGGAUCGCGACAGCCAUGAAAUAUCACCCGACAUCGAUGAAGAGGUCGACAAGGCAUUCGAAAAUGUCGACCACUGCCUCAAACACGCUGGUGGCCAGGGUUGGCCGCAGGUCUUCCAGGUCCGCCUGUACAUGACCGACAUCACUGAGGCUGCCAUGGCUGCCUUGGUGCGCAAUCUGAAGCAUUGGCUGCCAGAUCACCAGCCCAUUUUGACUGGUGUGGGAGUUUCGGCCUUGGCCAUUCCCGGCAUGCAUGUCGAGAUUGAAGUGACGGCCCAUGAUCCAAAGGAAACCGAAAAGCUUUAGGCUCCACAAAGCGCCGAAGUUUCCCUGAUUCGUUUGGAGCAAGUUGAUAGACCUAGAUAGCUGUGCGGAAAAUCAACUAGCUCAAUCGCGAGUAAUGACGCCACACAUUCUUCUCGUGGGAAAAGACUGCGAAAACCGAGUAUUGAGUAAUACCAUAGUUAGCCUGGACUCUGACAGUGAGGGUUUGUAGAGCAGGGGGAAAUGCCGAAUAAUUCAUAUCGUUGCUGU